AAAAGAUCCAGUCUGUAUCUCCUGGAAAAACUAGUUGUGCCUCCCCUUGGACUUGGCCUUGGCCUACUACCAGCCAGGGUUAAAGACCAGGGUCUCUGGCCUUCCCAGACCGAACGAGGGAGGGUGUUGAAUCUCCAGGGAGGAGAGGAGGUGGUGUGACGGGGAUUAGGGUGUUCGUUCCGGAAGCUUCCAAUGGAAGGGAGCAGGGACUGGCACGGGCAUGUUGACAAAGAUGCUUGGUGUGCGCUUGGCACCCGUUCCCCGGGGGCGCACUCCCUAUGCUCUAGCUCAUCUGGGCAGGGCGCAGAGGCCACCGCAGAAUAAUAAUGCCCCCCACCCUUGGGUGAUUUACCCUCCUCGCAAGAAGAGCGGCCGGAUGGUGUACUGUGGUUAGCAGGCUGCCCACAGUGACCCAUUCAGAGACACAUAAAUGGGUUUUCAGUGGCUGGAUGGACGGCACACCCCCGGCCCCGAGGCAUGUGUGCUGGUGGGCGGAUCUCAGGGAGGAUGCCAGCUGUCCUGCUGACUGCUCUCCUGGCUUUGGUCUUAGUGCCCAGGACCCAGACAGUGUGGCUGGGGAGGCUGGACCCCCAGCAGCUGCUGGGGCCCUGGUAUGUUCUUGCCGUGGCCUCAGGCGAGAAGGGCUUUGCGCUGGAGAAGGCCACGAAGAACAUCGAGGGCGUUGUGGUGACCCUGACCUCAGAAAACCACCUGAGAAUGCUGUCCUCCAGGCACCGGAAAGGCGGGUGUGACGUGAACGUGGUAGAGCUGCUGAGACAGAAGCCCGGAUGGGCGUUUGAGAACCCCUCCCUGGGCGUGUUGGACUACCGGGUGCUAGGCACCAACUUCAGGGACUACGCCAUUGUGUUCACGCAGCUGGAGUUCAAGGACGAGGCCUUCAGCACCGUGGAGCUCUACAGCCGGACGGACCUGGCCAGCCAGGAGGCCAUGCGCCGCUUUGCCAGAUGGAGCAAGGGUCUGGGCUUCCUGUCCCAGCAGCAGGCGGUGCUGCAGCAGGACCUCACCUGUGCGCACAAGGCUUUCCAGGUAAGCUGCCUUCCCGAGCAUCACCCCAGACCUACAGCCCCGAGCCUCGCUGCUGUGAGGGGCCGGGGACUGGGAUGGGGGCAGACACCCCUCACAGUGAGUCUGGGGUCCCCCAGUGGUCUUCUUGGUUUCCAGUGACUGCG